UGGGUCCCGGAUCAAGAGGUUAACUCCCACCAAGAAUUUUUACCCUCAACGGGAGCUGAAACUUGGAUCGAUGCCACAUACAAUUCAGACUGCAACAGCCACAAAGGAAUAUUCUGGUCCUUCCCACAAGAGCUGAGGCGCGAUCCGUAAGAAGCUGACUCGUUGUCCCAGAGUAUUGACCAACAGUCACCACUACCGGCGGCGAAGCCAGGCAAGCCAAUUUCGCUCGCAAGCUACAUACGUGUAUGGGUGAAGCCAUGGUUUGGAUCUCGUCAACUACUCUGAAAAUCUCGACAGCCCAAAGUGAACUUUGAUAUCAACAACAAAGAAUCAAGUACACAUGAAGUGGGCUCUCUGCGCUUUUGCUGCCUCCGUCGCAUAUCUGGUAUCCGCUAAAAAUACAUUGACAGUGGUGACAAUAAACUUUGGAUGUCGUGACUUGUACCCACUGGCAGCAUGUGACAACUGUCAAACGCGGUUUGACCUCAUGGCAGCCGCCAUCAAUGGUGGAAGCAAUAUAGAGGGACUCCCAAAUCUUGACGAAGUUGAUGUGGUAGUUGCCCAAGAACUUGGUACCGAUGCACAAAACUUUGCUCAGAUUAGCAGCGCUCUUUCCAAUCGUGGUCUGAUUCACACCACUGGAGAACCUUCCCCAAGAGCUGGAGACAGAAUCUGUAGAAGCCCGAUUGUUUUUCAUGGCAAUGUCAAAGACAUUGCUGGAUAUAUAACUGGUUUGGACAAUGGAGGCCUUGUCACAUGGUCCCGCUACCCUAUCCUGGAGACACUGAUGCAAAACUGGUGCGGCCACAAUCUCCCAACCCCUGCUGGCUACCUGCUCACUCUUUUGGAUGUUGGAGAAGGUAGGGUUGCUGCCAUUUUCAAUCUACAUGCCAUGCCAAACUAUGACUUUGGUAUCCCAGGUUCAGCUGAAACAAUCCGCACAUAUCAGUUUGGUGAGGUUUCGGGUUUGGCUGAUAAACUGUUAGAAUCCUUCAGGGGUUCCAGCAAUGCGGCCUUUUCUGUCAUCUUGGGAGGAGAUUUCAAUGAAGAUGCCUAUCACUUCCAGUCCCACGAUGACUCUGCAAAUUGCGGCUUAAUCACCAAUGACCAGGUUUUUCAGAAGUUUCACAGCGUUGGCCUUGGCCUUCUUGGUGCCUGUCAAACAGGUAUCAUUGGCAAGCCAACAUGGGACCCCACCAACAAUGACCUGGCUGAUCGAUUCUCUGAAGACUCCACUCAUCAAGUUCUGGACUACCUCAUCCAACACUCAUCCAGCUCUAGCUCUUCGAAUCCAGUCAAUGUUGUCACCACACUAAAAACGAAGGAACCGUGGUCGGGACAGUUUUGUCAUGAUACAACUUUGGGUGAAGCCAAGCCAAACAACUUGUACAGGGCCAGUGCUUAUGCUUUAUCAGAUCACAACCUUGUGACAGCAACUUUUACUCUUCCAGACUCUUCCGGUGCUUCCACUUGGGCCGCAAGAAUUGCUUUCAAUAACGCUGUUCGUUCAUGGAACUCUGGCAUUGUAGAUGAAGCAGCAUGUGGGCAACAAGGCACUGUCUGUUGGACUGAUGAUGACUGCUGCAAUUCUGCAUACUCUUGGAAUGGGAUUGGGCAGACCUGCAAUGGAAUCUACUGCGCCCCCUGUGCUGAAUUGGGACAAUCCUGUGGUGCUCAGCUCGAAGGAUCAGACUGUUGCGGCUAUUAUGACUUCACGUCAGGCGAAGGUUUGCAUUGCCAAAAAACUGAUGAUUUGUUCUCCUUGGAUGCCCGCUGUGUCCACAAGUUUGACCGAGGGACGUACUGUUUGUGGGAUGGAGAAUGCAAGUCUAACAACUGCAACUGGCUUUUUAAGUGCGACUAGCUAGACAAUCGAAACCAGCAGCAUGCCAAUGCCAAGCAGCGAGCAAUCGAUAACGAAACAGCAUGCAUGUACAGUAUAGAUAAACAUGCAAAUUUCUAGAGCCAUAUGUCAUUAUGAGUCACCAAGCUUGGCCGAAUCAACUCAUUGUGAGUAGUACGGUACAUUAAUUAUUUAUGACAAAGGCAACUUCUC